CCAGGGGGCGAACCGGAGCGAACGUACCUCGCAUGAGCUCCGUGAACAACCAAUUUUGGUGGCGUGCAAACUACGUUCCGACCAAAAUUCCUACGGUGUCAGGUCCCUGAAGCUACAGGCUCUCGCUGGACACCAGUUUCAUCAUCAUCGGCCCACCGGGAGGGCCAUUACGGCCCAAAACCCGUUCGGGCACACCGAACGACAGCCAGCCCUAACCAAGACUACGGCAUCAUCGCCUCGCCGCGCCGCAGCUGCACGAUGCCGGACGACGCGGAGCCCCAAGGCCGCACCGAGGGCGGGUCAACCACCCCACCGACCCACCGGGUAAGCUCUUUUCAAGGCAUGGACGUCGUUGAAGUAGAGGGAGAAGCUAUUGCACCUGAAGAAGUAACUAAAGAAGCGGGCUGGCUCACCAGCCACCGCAAUAGGAGUCGUAGAGCUAUAGAGCAGUUCAGCAUAAUGGCUGAUGAAACAAGCAAAACAACUGGCACUGGCGAAGCGCGUUCUGGUGCGUGCCAGAGCGCAGCGCGUACCACCAAGAAACCGAAGCCGCCGCGACAGCCACAACUUCCAAGGGAAGAUAUAAAGAUCAUCGUACGGCCCCGCGACGGGCUAAAUGUCUCAAAACUAAGUGAUGCGCAAAUUCGAGAUGAAGUAUUGCGAGCCGCAGCAGUACCGAUUGCAGAGGCGGAAGAUGACAUAUAUCGCUCCUGCGUGGAAAAAAAUGUCAUAGUAAUCAGCACUCCGCGAAUGGCAAAUGCUGAGAAAUACAACCGCAUCAGGGAACUCCAAAUUGGAGACACGCACUACGAAGCCACAGCCUACGCCGCCCCACCGGCAGACACCUACAAAGGCGUAAUCCACAACAUUCCGGACUACGACACUGCGGAGGACAUCACCAAAAGUCUCAUCUACAAGAAGAACCCCACCAUCCUGCAGGCCCGUCGCAUGGGCAACACCAACUCAGCCAUCAUCAUCUUUGAAGGCCCAAAUGUACCCUUCUACGUCUAUUACAGAGGCGCCGAGUACCGCUGCUACCUCCACAAGAAAAAAGUCGAAGUGUGCGGAGCCUGCGGCCGGAUCGGUCAUCGCGCGGACGUGUGCCCUACCCCCGACAAGAAACAGUGCAAAGACUGUGGUGCCCAAAACCCUGCGGACAAUCACAGCUGCAACCCUAAGUGCGCGCUGUGCGGUAAAGAUCACCCCACGGGAGACAAGAGCUGCCAGAGACGCUUUCAGACGCCUUUCCUCAUCAAACAGCGCCAGUGGGAAAAACAGCGACAACAACAACAAACCUUGCACAACCACAGCGGCGGCGGCGGCAGAGACCCAUCGUUGCCACGUCAAGCAGACAAGCAGACAACGGCAGCCCAACGCCCAUCCCGAUCAAAAUCGAGGGACACUGCUGCCGAUCGCAAGGCAUCCAGAUCAAGAUCCCCAUCGGGACAUAGACCCCAAGCUAAACAAGAAAGCAAGACUUCAACCAAUAACAACAAGGUGAGCUGGGCAAAUGUAGUCUCCCAGUCCGAACCCACUAAGAUAGAAAACCCCACGCUCCCCUCUUCUCACGACAGCGAGCUAACUAAAAUCAAACAAAUGCUCGAAAUUCUACUAACAGAGAAUAAGGCCCUCAAGGCCGAGGUAGCCCAACUGAAGGCGACACCGCCGAAAGAAGUUGUACCCGCAGAGCCAGAAACUGUCCAUAUAGAGAUAGAUGCACCUCCGGCAGUUGCAGAACCUACCACACAAUACGCGCAGCCAGAUUCCGAUACAGAGAGCCUACCCGCGAAGCGCAGAGCGGUAGAACAAUCCCCUCCUUCCCAAGGGACAACCGCCCACUCUGGCACCUCUAAGCGUAACAUCAGGGAAGAGACGAUCAUAGAGGAAAUCACCAGGGCCAUUGAUAUCAAAUUCGAGAUAAUGCAUAAAACAUUCCACACCAUGAUAACAAACCUUGCCGAAAGUUAUAAUGCCAGAAUCGCGGUCCUCGAAAACGCCCAACAAAGGCCUAGCGUAGGGCCCAUUAAAGUAACUAAGCCUUACAACCGCCCGACCAACGAUGGCCUGGAAUAGCGGUAAA